UCACAAAAAACCGAAUGCAACGAUGAAUUAGCUAUUAGGCAGACUAUAAAAUACAACAAAUUAUUCAAAAUUACUUAUACGUCGUUCAACUCUGAGCACAGAAGCACGCGCACAGCUAAACAGUAGUGCAUUUAAAAUCGUGAAGUUUGUUUAAUCUUAAAUAUUUAUUUGGUGAUAUUUCUGUGUCGCAAAAUGUCGCAAGCUCGCUUUGCAUCGUGUAUUCCGCUGCCCAUUGAGCAUAAAGCCUUGGUGAACGUGAUAGAAAAGGCUAGAGACUGGGGUUUGAUGCAUGGAGUAGCCAUGAGAGAUAAGAAGCAUUUCAACAAAGAUGUUAUUCAGGUUGCACCAUUUGUGUUACUGCCAUCACCAUUUCCAAAAACGGAAUUUGAGAAAGCUGUUGAAUUACAGCCAAUACUAAAUGAACUAAUGCAUAAGGUGGCGCAUAACGAUGAAUUCUUGGAGCAUACAUUGCAAAAUGCACUGCAAGUUGAUGAGUUUACGAAGAGCUUAUACGACAUAUGGGUGAAAGUACGCAAUGAGGGCAUAACACAGCCGAUAUCACUAGGGAUGCUGCGCUCCGACAUUAUGCUGGAAUCACGCUGUCCACACACCGAGAACCAGUGUGCUAAGCACACCCCAUACUGCUCCUGGAAGCAGGUGGAAAUCAACAGCAUCGCGUCAGGAUUCGGACACCUCGGACCGGUUUCCAGGGAAAUACAGAGCUAUAUUCUGAGACAGCUAGGACAUCCUGACUUAAUUAAAAAUAUGCCUGAGAAUAAAGCUCUGUCGGGCUUGUGUUCCGGUAUAACUGACGCGUACGAUCUCUUCGGCGUACCAAGCGCGGUGAUACUCUUCGUUGUCGAAGAGGUAUCAUACAAUAUUUGUGACCAAAGGUUCCAUGAGUUCGAAAUUGCUGAAAAGAGACCCGAUAUUAUGAUUCAUAGGAAAACGUUGAAUGAGAUUUUUGAAGAGACGACGUUGAAUGACAAGAAACAACUUAUUUUGGAUGGUCGUCCAGUCGCCGUAGUGUACUACCGGUCCGGUUACGAGCCCGCCCAGUACCCGUCACAGAGGGAAUGGGACGCGCGACUCAGAGUCGAAAGGUCCACGGCUAUCAAAUGCCCGUCGAUUCAGUACCAGUUGGCUGGUACAAAGAAGGUUCAGCAAGCGUUGGCCUCGCCCGGCGUGUUGGAAAAGUUCAUGGGAUCCGGGCCAAGCACUUCCCGGGUCAGGGACAUAUUCACCGGCCUUUAUUCCUUGGACUUCGACGAGAACGGCGAGAGGGCAGUCGAAAUGGGACUCAAAGACGCCGAGAAGUUCGUACUGAAGCCGCAGCGUGAAGGCGGUGGCCAUAACGUGUACGGCGCGGAAGUGCGCGAGGCACUACAGCGCAUGCGUCACAGCCGGGAGCGAGCCGCUUACAUUCUCAUGGAGAGAAUCCUACCUCCACUCGUUCAAGGCUACGUGAUACGUCCCGGUGCAACAAUGCCGCCCCCAGUUGUCGAUCUAGUGUCCGAACUCGGCAUCUUUGGCGUUAUCAUCGGAACAAGUGAGAAGAUAUUCCAUAAUCGCCAGGUAGGACAUAUGCUUCGCACGAAGCUAGCGGACGCCGACGAAGGCGGGGUAGCCGCUGGUCUUGGGGCCUUAGACUCUCCCUACUUAGUAGACAUGUAAUACUAAUAAUAUUAAUUACAUAAUUUUAUUUUUAUACACACAACUCGCAAUUACACACUCUGUAUACGUUUCAAAAACACACAGCCUGUAUAAAAUUCCAAAAAAUACACAGCUGUGUAAAUACAACAGCCUGUACAACCUCGAAAUAGUAAAUACAGCCUGUAUAGAAAACUAGAGAUGUGCUAGCAUCUCUGGCCCGUAUCGACAGUUUUGGUAUUAUUAUAUUAGAAUUAUAAAUGAUAUACAACAAAUGUUAUUGAAAUAGUAAAAAAUACGAUUAAUUACACAGUUUUAGAGUAUCAAAUGUAACUGUUAUUUUUCAUUUUGUAUUUGACUACAAAAAAAUAUUUAAUAAAUUAAAAUAACGUAAAAUAAUUAUCUGUUCUCUUGUUUAGGUACAUACCAAAGUUCCGCCAGUUGUGUUUUUUCUAUCAAUUUAGUUUAAUAAAAUAAUAAUUUAAAUGCAUAAAAUUCAUAAUACGUUUGUGAUAUUUAAGAUACAUUUAGCACAAAAUCAAUAACCGUUAUCAAUAGUCAAUUCAAAAUCUUAACAUUGACAUUUUGUUUUAAGAAAUUUCUGUGAAAAAGCGAUCUAUCUUUUGGAUUAUUAAUUUUGGCCGACAGUGCCUUUUCACUCCUUGUAAAAAGGUCCUUACUUUAUUUAUUUUUUAUUGAAUAGACUAAAUACAUUUUUUUUAUGCAAAAUGUCGAUAUAUUUCAUAUCGAUAACGCAACCGCAUUGCGAUAGAAAUGUUUUAACAAAAUUAUUAUUUUUAAUCUAUGGUGACCAUUGUUAUAACCUCUAAAUUAUUUCUGAUUUUAUUUUCGAAUUUCGAACCACAAAAUUCUUUAUUUGUACAUCCAAAUUAUCUGCA